AUGCGCUUUCGUAGUAUUUCAAGAAGCAUCUUUUAAGCUAAAACAAUAGUUUCCUAAAAACUUGAAAAUAUUUCAAAAAAUAUAAUAAUAUUAGUUAUAUGUUUGUUGAUUUUAUAGAGAAAUGGAUUUAAAAUCUGUAGUUGUCUCAGGAGAAGCAUCAGAAUCAGAUGAUGAUAUUGCUAAUGUUAUUACAGGUAUAGGAUUUCCCUCUGUACAUACACCAAAUUAUUGUGGUACGAUUGUCACUGGUGAAGCUCCUGAAUCUGAUGAAGAUGUUACAAGUUUGAGCAGUAUCAGUGGAGCAGUUGAUGCAAUGACUUGUCCACCAUACACGGAAAUAAAAACACUAAAGUCAAAAAAAAGCAGCGUUAAGUAUAACAGCUUACUUCAUAAAAAAUUGCGUGAAUGUAAUGAAACAUUGGAUAAAGAUAUAAUUCAAAUGACAGAAGGAACAGUUGUCAAUGGUGUUCAAGAACUAUCAACUGUCAAUAAACAAUUAUUAAGAAGUGAACUUGUCUUACAAGAGGCGGUUUGUCAAUUACGUAAUGCUUCUAAUAAAUCUAAGAACGCAUCUAAUGCUCUGUAUGAACUUAUAAAUAACCAGUUUUUACAUUCUAUUAAAACAUAACUUAUUUGUUUAUUAACCGUUUGAAUCCCAAACAGCAUGAUUGCACUAUUCAAAUUUCUUAUCGGAAAGUGCCACAUUAUUGAAAUACAAUGUGCAAUUGAUACAUAUCUGUGUCACUUGGCAUUUGACAACAUGAUUUUUCUAAAUACCACUGGAACUCAAAUGGUUAAUAUAUAUUCUUGUUCAUAAAAUUUAUUUAUAGUAAUA